CUACUAAAGAUAUUCCUUCAACAUGGGUGCCGUCAAGAUGUUCACCCCGUACGAUUUACGCCCAACUAUCGAGAUUACGGCAUUUGUACUCACAGGUGUAUCUACAAUGGUAGUCGCGGUCAGAUGCUAUUGCCGGGUGUGGAUUGUUGGACGACUCAAGCUUUAUGACUACAUCAUGCUUGUGGCACUGCUCUGUACGUGGGGACUAUGUGCCUGUAAUCAUUACCAGCUCAUGUUUGGUUCCGGAGCUCAAAGUGGGCCAAAGGGCAUGCCAAAGAACCUACUUUUCGGCUCAGCUGUCAGUUGGUACGUCUACCAUAUCGGUUACUCGGCGGUUAUGGGGAUGAUCAAGCUUUCAAUCCUGGUCUUCUACCUCAGCUUCGCCACCCACCGGAUGUUUCGUAUCCUCGUACACAUUUCGAUUACCUUUGUCGCCGCUGUGAGCACUUUGAUGAUAUUCAUACUGGCUUUUCAGUGUCCUAAGAAGCCAUCGUACGCCUUUUCUCCUGCAAUACUCAAGGACCGAGGAGCUGGUCAUUGCUUUGACUUACGGAUCGUGUUUUACUGGCAAGCAGGCUUUAGCAUCGGAUCGGAUCUGGUGAUAUUAGUUCUGCCGAUGCCGCUUCUUGUUUCGCUACGUAUGAAUACGAUGAAGCGAAUCUCUCUCAUGGCGGUCUUCUCAAUCGGCCUACUGGUGCCGAUAGCGUCGGGUGUACGGUUGUGGGGUCUGAUCCUUUGGGCGAACAGUGGAAAAUUGGCAAGAUAUUACGGCGGAUACCUCAUUUUCUGGUCGCAGGUUGAGAUCAAUACCGCGAUCAUAUGCGCUUCCGCACCGUCGCUCCAGCCGCUGGUCACACGCGUCUUCGACAAACUAGCUCGAUUUCAAAGUCCACGAGGGGCAUACUAUUACUACGGCGACGGUUCCAAUUCGAUAUCAGAACCAUCUGUUGCAGAGAUGAUUCGGAGUUUACCUCGUGACAGCAUUAGUCUUCUGGAACCCCCGGAUCGAGUGUAUUACCCAUCAAAAACACAAGUACAAGAAGAGUUCCAGACACAGGUUGUCAUUGUAAAGCGUUCCCUAGAAGAGGAGGAUAUCCGCAGUCGAGUGCGCGCAUUCUCAAACCAAUCGCCGGUACAUUCGCACUCCACGCCACCCUCUUCUGCAUUUUCGACACCCUCGUCAUCGACGGGGCCCAGCAAUAUGCUUAGAAGCGGCUGGAUAUGAAGAGCGCUUUCCAAAUUUCCAAAGCAUUGGAUAAUUCACCGAAAUUCUUUUAUCCGACCAUGGUUUCUCAUACUUCCGUAUUCAGAUCGCGCUGAAUAGUCCCAAGGACUGCAGAAAGUCACCCUACGGGUGCAAGAAAAGCCAUCUUG